AUGUACGUGUUCGGCGACUCGACGCUGGACGUCGGAAACAACAACUACCUGCCGGUGGCGCACGUCCGCAGAGCCAACAGGCCCUACUACGGCGACGACUUCCCCGGCGGCGUUCCCACCGGAAGGUUUAGCAACGGCUACAACACCGCCGAUUUCAUUGCAAAGUGCAUAGGGUUGGUGAGCAGCCCUCCGCCGUACCUGUCGCUGGUGGCGCCAGCAAGCUCGGGCGGCCUUCUGGUCCCCACUGCUUUCACCAUCGGCGUCAGCUAUGCUUCCGGAGCAGCUGGCAUCCUCGACUCCACGAACGCAGGCAAGUGCAUCCCGUUGUCCACGCAGGUGCAGUACUUCAGCGCUACCAAGACCAAGAUGGUCGCCGCGGUGGGCGCCGCCGCGGUGAACAAGCUGCUCGCCGACUCCAUCAUCCUCAUGGGCAUCGCCAGCAACGACAUGUUCGUGUUCACCGCCGCCGAGCAGUCGCGGAACAGGUCAGCCGCGGAGCAGCAGACCGACGCCGCCGCCCUCUACGCCGACCUCCUCUCCAUCUACUCCGCCACCAUCACGCUCGCCGCCGGCUUCGACGACGCGCUCGGGCCACUCCUCGCCGGCCUCGCCGCCAGGGUGCCGGGCCUCGUAUACUCGCUCGCCGACUCUUUCCGCCUCACGCAGGACACCUUCGCUGACCCUGGGGCGUCGGGGUACACCGACAUCACCGGCGCGUGCUGCGGGAGCGGCAGGCUGCUGGCGCAGGCUGACUGCCUGCCCAACUCCACCGUCUGCACCGACCACGACGGGCACGUCUUCUGGGACCGGUAUCACCCGGCCCAGCGGGCGUGUCUUCUCACGGCCCAGGCGUUCUACGACGGACCGGCCCAGUACACCUCGCCCAUCAACUUCAUGCAGCUGGCCCAGUCCAGUUAG